AUGGUUGUGUUUUUAUUCGUAUUUUUUUUCACCUCGUCGAUGCUUUCAUCACACAUCUCUACGGCACGAUCUCUAAUUGCAACUGCUGAAUUUACGUCGAGUAUUGAUGCGAUUGCUGUUAACGAUAAAAAGAUAGUGAUAGCUUCAACGAAUCACUUGUCAGUGCUCAAUAUUAGCACGUUGCAGUUGAUAAGCGAAACAAAAACUGGUCCAGAGUCGUUCUCAAAUCUGAACAUCAUUUACAAUGGAUCCAUACCGAUCGCACCGAAUUCAGCCAAUUCAUCGUGCGUUUCGAUCAUUGAUAAGAGUAGCGAAAUACUCUAUGUUGCAUCUGAAUACACCACAGAAUCACCUUACAGAGAAUCCUUUCCAGCAGUUUCAUCCCGCGAACCACCCUAUUAUAAUAUCAUAAACUCUGGAUCAAUAGAAGGUGAGGCUGCAGUGCAUAUCCGUGCAGAAUACCGGAAUCGAUUCAAAGUGAAGUAUAUAAACGCGUUCUUACAUCAUCACUAUGUCUUCUUCCUGAGUCUUCAGAAUAAACACCCCUCGCCAAACGUCAUCUCAAAUUCUCCAAUAUCAAAGCUGAUCCGAAUUUGUAAAUCUGAUUAUAGAGAUGCAGAGAAUCGCAAUUACAAUCGGGUGGUAUCGUCAGCACUAGUAAAUGAUCAGUUGGUAAUCGCAUUUACGGAUCAAUCCAAAAAUCAGUCAGCGAUCUGUGUAUAUCCAAUCCAGAAGAUUCAAUUGACAUUUUGGUAUAAUAUUGACCGAUGCCGGAAGUCUCAUAUCCCACUAACAGAGGAUACCUGCUCAAUGGGUGUUGGUGGAAGUAUAGAAUGCGAUCAGAUUUCUGCAUUCAAUACAAAAUCGACUAUUUAUUCGAUUGAUGCAGUUCAUAUUCAUAAUAUUACGAUUGUUAUUUUUGGUACUCAACAUGGACAAUUAAUUCAGCUUCGUUCAAAAGGAUCAACUCUGGAAUAUUAUAAUGAAGUGACGAUCGGCAUUGAUCCGAUAACAUCGCUUCGAUUCGUUGAUAAUCAUACUUAUUUGGCAAUUAUCAACAAAAAGAUUCUGAAGUUGUCAAUUAGUGAUUGUGAAUCAAAGUUAUCGUGUGAAGAAUGCACUGCAAGUGAAGAUGUCUUGUGUGGGUGGUGUUUGUUCGAAGGGAUCUGUGCAAUGCGAUCGCAGUGCAGCUCGUCAAUAUUCACAAAUCAAUGCCCUCUAUCCACUUCACUGAUCCCAUCCAAUAUUUCGAUUCAUUCCAUCAAGAACGCUACCAUAUUUUUACCGAUCGGAUCGUAUCAUGUUGACUCGAGAACGGAAUUCGUAUGUUCGUAUAACGGUAAUCGUAUAAAAUCAAUUGGAAAAUGGUGGCUGGAUGGAAUAACGUGUUCGUUACCUGAAACAACGGAAUGGAAUAUAUUGGAAGAUGAUCAUACGAGUGUUGAGCUGAGUGUAUCUUAUCAAAAUCAAACAUCGUCAUCCACGUUGUAUCCAUUCGCAAUCAAGAAUUUCAUUGUCUACGAUUGCUCAAAACAUUUAACAUGUUCAUCGUGUUCCACAUCUCGAUGGAAUUGUAAAUGGUGUUUAGAUGAGCAAAAGUGCUCAUUUACGGGGGACAGUUGCGAGGGUCAUUUAUCAUCGGAAUGUCCUCGAAUUCGAUCGUCGAUAAAUCCAGAAAUCCUGAUUGCUGACGGCAUGGAACAGAGUAUAUCGUUACCAGUAUUGAAUGUGAAUGCGAUUGAAUCGAAACAAAAUAAAUUCACGUGUCAAAUUCAAAUUUAUAAUCAACCGAGAAUGAUUUUGGAUGCAAAAUUGGAUAUUGACCGAGUGUUGUGUGAUAAAUGGAUUUAUCAAUAUCAAGAAGCAAUUCCAAAAACAUUCGCAAAACUUGAUUUAUAUAAGGGAACAUCGCUUAUUGACACUACUAACGGUCAGUUCCAUGAACAUUUUCCGUCGUUUGAUUAA